AUGAACUCGUGGCCGACGAGCCCGUCGACGCCAGCGCCUGCCGCGUCUUCUUCCUCUUCAAGACAGCAGCCGACGCUGACCAAUACGCGGAUCCGGUCUGUGGCGGAUGCGCACAAGAUAUUCUAUGCGGUGCGGGCGGGGCGGCUGGCGAUGGUGUCGCGGAGGCUGGACGCGGACGAGCGGGCCGCGCUGGGGAGCGGGUGCGUGUAUGCGUGGGAGGAGCGCGUGCAGACGACGGACAUCACCGGCGUCGGCAUCGAGCGCUUCACAGAGGGCAGGCGCUGGAGCGCGUCCCGUGUCCGUGACGAGUUUCUGUUUUAUUAUGAGAAGUAUGUUGUACCGGGAGAGCCGAGCACCGCUGCUGCUCGCGCUACGACACCCCCGCCUGACUGGGAGCAGCUCGUCAAGCAGACCUACUCCGUCUUCGUCGACACGCCCAGGGGAAAGCGCAAGUGGCAUCUGACGGCGUACUUUACGCAGGCGGCGGUCGACCGGCUCGGCACCGUCGACGACAUCCCCGGCGUCGGGUCCGAACACGUGCCCGCCGGUAUGUUCACGACCACCCGCGUCGGGCGGCGCCGCGCCCCCGGCGACGAGGGCAUCACCCACCCCGGCCCGCACGCCCACCCCGGCACCGUCCACCGCGUCUACGCGCCCUUCCCCGUCCCCGUCCCCGGCGGCGGCGGCGGCGCCCACAUGCUCGCGCCCCCGCCCGAUGCAGGGCCCCAUUCACCAUCACCAUCACCACCAUCGCCAUGCCCAUCACCACGGCCGGGCGUCGGCGUCCAGCAGCGACAGCAGCGCCGGGAGCGCGGUGCGCAUGUCUUCCCCCUCCCCCACGCCCACGCCCACGCCCCCCGGCACCCGCACUCGCCCGCGUCCUCCGGGGGCUCCGCCCGCUCGCGCUCGCGCUCGCGCUCCUCCGGCUCCGCGUCCGUCUCCGGCCGGUCCCGCUCCGGCUCGCCCCGCCGGCCGCUCCUCCUCGACGCCGCGUACGACUACGACUAUGCGCCCGCGCCAGGCAGCGCGCUCUCCAGCCCCCGCGCGGCCACCGCCCCCGAACACACGGCUACGUAUGCCCCCGGCGCGCCGCCGGGCCCCGGCCCCACCCCCGGCCCCGGCCCUACCCCCGGCCCCGGUCCCACGAUGACGCUCGCGCCGCUCAAGACGCUCAUGCGCAUCCAGCCCACGCGCCGCGAGCCCAACGACGAGAGCGCCCUCCGCAUGAUGGAGGGCGUCACAAUCGGCGUCCCCGUCGGCGUCCCCGUAGCCGUCGGGCUGAUCUAG